AUGGGCAUUGUCGGUCUGCCCAACGUAGGCAAAUCCAGUCUCUUCAACGUCAUCGCCAAGUGCGACCUCGGAAAGAGCGCAAAUUUCCCAUAUGGUGUGUAUUCGGGAACAACAUGCCUAUACCAGCUGCGGCGCACUGCUCUAUACUGACUUGUCAGGCCUCGAUCUCGCCCAUUCGCAGCUACCAUUGAGCCAGAAGAAGCCCGCGUGCCGCUGCCCGACGAGCGCUUCCUGUGGCUUGUCGACCAAUACAAGCCCAAAUCUCAGGUUCCUGCCUUCUUGACCUGCAUCGAUAUCGCAGGCUUGACUGCUGGUGCUUCGACCGGUGCCGGUCUAGGAAACGCGUUCUUGUCCAACGUUCGCUCUGUGGACGGCAUCUUUCAGGUGGUCCGCGCAUUCGACGAUGCAGAAGUCAUUCACGUCGAAGGCGAUGUGGACCCUCUGAGAGAUAUGGAAAUCAUUAGCACAGAGCUGAGGUUAAAGGACAUCGAAUGGGUGGAGAAGGGCAUCGAGGCUCAAGCCAGAGUCGUCCGAGGUGCGACGGGUCUGGACAAGAAGAGGAAAGAGGAAGAUCUUGCCACCAUGCAGAAAGCCCUCAAGCUUUUGCAAGAAGACAACACGGAUGUGCGAAAGGGAGACUGGGGCAACAAAGAGGUGAGUGGUGCAGCGCAAUUGAAUGCCGAAAGGGGGCGAAAAGGAGACUUGGAACGGCAUCGAGGCAAGGCACGUCGAUGGCAGAUCAGCACACACGCAUGAUGAAUAAGAGGGCGCUAUUUGAGACCCUCGAAUUAUCUAACCCAGCUCGUCGAGGGGCCAUCAACCCUUAUGAGAAAAGAUACACAAUCUGACACGCGGUGCAGAAGGACUGGGUCGCAUUUCGAGCCAAGGCGAUGCACACCUGGCGGCAAUUUGCUGACGCCGAAAGUAAACGCAGAUUGACCUGUUGAACGACCUCAAGCUGUUGACUGCCAAGCCCGUCAUCUACCUCGUCAACCUGAGCGAGAAGGACUACGUCAGGAAGAAGAACAAAUGGUGCGUCCUUGCGUUGCAAACAGUAUUUCCGUGUCCCAGGGAGCUGACGGGGUCCGAAUUUUCUCUUCAGGUUGCCCAAAAUUCACCAGUGGAUCCAGGAUAACAACAAGGGUGAUCAGCUCAUCCCGUUCUCCGUCGCUCUGGAAGAACGUCUGCUCGCUCUCGGCAGCCCUGACGCUGAGGCCGAAGAGCUCAAGAAACUUGGCCCCAACGUGACUGGUGCCCUCGGCAAGAUUACCACAGCGGGCUACUCGGGACUUGACUUGAUCAAGUACUACACAUGUGGACCUGAUGAGGUCAGGGCUGUGAGUCAUACACUUGUCUCGCACCUCGUAGUGUGCCUCAGCCCGAGCAUUUUUGCUGACCUCCACUUUGUCGUGGGUUGUGCAGUGGACGAUCAGACAAGGUCUCAAAGCGCCCCAGGCCGCCGGUGUGAUCCACUCAGACUUCGAGCAAAAGUUCGUUUGUGGUGAAAUCAUGAGCUUUGACGAUCUCAAAGAGCACGGUAACGAAGGAGCAGUCAAAGCAGCAGGCAAGUACAACCAAAAGGGCAAGACUUACGAGGUGAGUAGUGCUGCUUCCCCAGACCGUUUUUUUUUUCCGACUUCAUCUCGUGAUUGAUCGUCCUUCCAAUUCUGCGCCUUUAGAUGGUGGAUGGUGACAUUGCGUACUGGAAGGCUGGUGGCUAG